AUGUAAAAACACUCGAUUCAUCAACAAUCUCAAUAAUAAAAUUCAGCAGAUACCAAAAUACAAAUAUUGUAUUAAUGUAUUGUAGAAAGAAAGCACUUUUUUCUAAAUAAGAAAUAUUAUUUGCAAUUAACUAACCAAUAUUUAACACUUAGUGAAAAACAAAAUCAAUAGAAUCCAAAAUAUAGAUAUGUACUUAGUUUAGACAAUGUAUUCUCUUGGAUAGUAAAAGAUAACAAAAUUAUAGGAUUUUAACUUCCCUAUUAGGGACAAAUUAAAGAAUUUUUUGGAAACAGUAACGAAAUGUAGAAUCUGAAGAUUAAGAUGGCAUUAUUGGUUUGUUAUGAGAAAAUAGAUAAGUUCUAUAAAAAAGAAGAGAUUAUUUAAUCUGGUUCAUUCGGACAGGUUACGAAAGAGAUUUGUCGGUUUACAUAGAAAUCAGUGGCUAUCAAAAGAAUAUAGGUUGAGAAUAAUCACAGUCCAACAAUAAAAAAUGAGAUAGAGAUUCUUAAGAAAUUCAAGGAUUCUUAGAAUGUUUUGAAGAUAUAAGAAAUAUAUAGGGACGAUCACAAUUAUUAUAUUGUAACAGAAUAUAUUCCUGGUUCCAAUCUCAAGUAAAUCUUAGAAUAUAAGUAAAAGCCUUUUUCAUUAUAGGAAUCUUUAAAUAUUAUGGAAUAAAUUUUAACAGGAUUAAAGAGUAUUCACGCUGCUGGAAUUAUCCAUCGAGAUCUCAAGCCAGCUAAUUUGAUGUAUCAUAAUAAUCAAUUAAAAAUUAUUGAUUUUGGUUUGGCAUGUGUAAACGGUAAUUAACUUGAAUAAUAUCCAACAUGUGGUACUGCUGGUUUCUCAGCUCCUGAAGUACUUAAUGCUUGGAAUAAGAAAGCUUAAUAUGAUUUUAAAGUAGAUUUGUUUAGUGUAGGGUGUAUCUUUUACCAAUUGCUGACGUUGGAACUUUUGUUCAAAGGUGAUAAUGAAAAAGAAACCAUUUACAACAAUAAAUAGUGUCAAUUCACGAUCAAGGAGACUAGUCCACCGUUUGAUUUAGUUAAGUUAUUUCUAAAAUCAGAUCCAAAAGAAAGAAUUGAUUGUUCCUAAGCUCUCGAAGGGAUUUAGAUAUUGUAAGACUGUAAGAAUUUUGAAAUUAAUUUAUGGUUUCAUCAUAAACUGAAAUUCUAUAAGAAGGGAAGAUCUAAUUGUGAGUUCAAUCUAGAGAACUAAAACAAAUACACAAGAUAAGGCAGUUUAACAAGUCUUAAAAUAAAGAGUACAGAAAAAAUAAAAUCACAAAACAUAUAUGAUAAUAAUAAGUCUUAUAAUUUUCAUUGA